AGUGUAAUCUGGGGUUCUUAGUGCCAACGCUCUCUCUUUUCCAAGGAAUGUUCUCUUCCAUCUCGAGGUGUGGUGUGGGCAGAUGUGUGCAGGUAGGGAUAGGGGAUAGGGCAGAGGGAUGCUACGGUAGUAGCAGGUUACCGGUACCUUACUUACGAAGUAGGUAGGUGCCUACCUACUUGUAUGCUGUCCCAUGCAUGGAGCUGCAUCGCCUCCAUUCGCAAAAACCUGUGCCUCGGCCAUCCAUCGUUUUGCCUCUUGCAAUAUAGGUACGUGGGUCUCUCCUAGUCGCCAUGAGAAUAACUCUCCAUUAUCUACGCAGGAGGGUUUUGAUUGUCUACGCAUGUGAGCAGGAUGCAACGACUCAUCCCUCGGUCUGUCUUCUCCAAGCGCCAGGUGAUCACGCGACUAUGGGAUUGCCAAACUCGUAGCUUGCACCAAAGGCGAAGAGGACGCUUCCGGGGUCAACCCCCCCAGCCUAAGUUUCCUCCCUUCGACAGUCCGGACCUCGUUAUAGAACUCGAUGGCGAAAAUACCAAGGGCGUGCGCAUCUUCGACCCCAAGCUCGAUGGCGAGCCUGCACCCAAAUCAAGGUCGGCGAAAAGAGACCGCGACUUGCAACCCAUCAAAGAGCGCCUCGCCAAUUUUGAGGCCGAAUAUGAGCAGAACGAGUCCAACUUCCGCUCAAUUUGCGACGACGUAUUCAACCCGUUGCACAUCAACGACUUCGACUUCCUUGCGAUAGCUCUGCUGGAUUCGGCCAACGUCCGAAAGAUGGCCACCCACGAGCCCACUUCAUAUGCAAACACGCUCAACUCUGUUCUUGAUCAGAAUGGAGUGCCACAUACUAUGCGUGACAACACAUUCAACACUAUACAAUACAUGUGGGCCCGUCUUCGAUUACGAAAUGAGAAACACGCCCUAUCAGUAGGAACACGGCGCCCUAUGACUUUCAAGGGCAACCUGACUUUUCCUGAAAUCGAUCGCCUGGUAACGAUGGCCGCAAAAAUUUACGCGGGUCGGCGGUGGCUAUCCGAACUCGGUGUAGAGCUCCACGCAUCGCUUCUCGCAGCUCACGACACCGAUCCCGCUUCAAUGCUGACCCUCAUAAACAACAUGGUAAUCAACUUAGAGCGAAACGGGCAACAUAUACCAGCGGAGUUCUACGACCUAGGAAUUUCGACCUCCCUCAAAUGUAAUGCUAUCCUAACAGCCCAACAUUAUAUCAAAAGGAGGCUGAAGCGCCGCCCACUUGAUGAUGAAUUUAUUCACAAUAUUUUAACAAAGAUAAAAGAGGGCUCGAUAGUUUCAAAUGCUUUCAGUCACCAUGCAUUUCAGUUAGAUGUCUCAAGUCGGCUGAGAACAGUGUUUUCGCUUCUGACAGGUUAUACGCCGGGAGAGGACGGGCCAACGCUUUCCCUUCGGUCCCUCAUUGUUCGCGAGAACCUUCGCAAUUUCCAUUUGUAUAUUCAGUGCCUAGCACGUCUAGGAGCCUUUCGGACGCUGUGGCAUGAGCACCAUAAAAUAGAUUCUGCGUCACACAAUCCGACCCCUUUUGCACUCAAAGCUUCCAAUUUCAACAAAGAUUUUGUGAAAGGCGAUCACGUUGUCAGUGCAAUUCUGCAUGCCCUGGCUGAGAACCCUGACAUGGCUAGCCUUGCUCGCUCACCGGGAUUCAGCAACGCAACUGGGCAGUUUUGGCAGGACUGCCAACUGGAUAUGUUAGCCAUUUCUAGGUCAGCAAAGGUGCUUGCUACACCGGGCAAGAAUGUCUCGGACAUCCAGCCUAGUUCUAUAUAUGGAGGAAAUUGGGGAAUCAUGAGCGGCAUUUUUCAAGACACGUCGAUAGAUAGAGCAUUGCCCGCUCUGCAGGCAUUCUUAAUGUCCAAACCCUCUUUCUCAUGA